UUCACUUAAGGCACGUCGUGAUCACUGCACAUAACAAUGGGGGUUGUGCGCAGGUACUGUUCACACCAGCUUCAUGAAUGACUCCAUCCCAAAUGCACCGUUUUGUCUUUGCAGCCACGUAUAGGAAAACAUGCGUGGCAGUUACAUAAAAAAAAACGGCCGCAGUGAAACUGAAAUCACACCAAAUGACAGGGUACUGUCGCCAUGACAGCGUCGGAAGAGACGAGAAUGAACACAAUUAAUUAGUGCUCAUACCUCCAGUGUCCAUGACUACAGGGAUUUGGAGCAAUUAUGUGGACUGUCUUAUCAGCUAAUUCAGUCAUUUAUUCAUAACGAGACAAACACCCGUUAGUGACGUUCUAAAAAUAGAUAAGUAGGGAACAUUUAAUUAAGUUUGAACACAUCAGAAUGUUUUGCAAAGCUAAUGUUCCACAAGCGUCAUUCGAGUCUGAUUCGGAUCAUUUUGAACAUGUUUGGAAAGAUGCACUAUGGCAAGCAGCAAGUGAAAAAUCUUCUCUGCACCUUCCCAGACUUAACUAGAACUCCCGUCUUCAAAGGAAAAAUACGAGAGUUUGCAGUGGAGAUCUUGUGUAAUUCGUUUUGGUUUGGUUUGAUGCUUCUAUAAAAGGAGUGAGUUCUCUGAAUAAGACGGUGACGCAGGCGCUGCGCUCGGUGUGGGUGUAUAAGAAGGGACACUCGGGCUCUGUUUCGGAGCACGCAUGGAGAAGCUACAGGGUUGGUAAGGUUCUUGAUCGCCUCUCGGUGCCCGGAGACGCUUGAAAGAACGGAGAGAUGAACACAACCGAGAAGUUUUACCUUCCCGUUGAUGACAUCCUCGAAAUGUUCACCUCUCUCACCGGGCAAUCACGCAUUACGCACCCAGUUCUUCAGAGCGCACCCCUCACCCCUGUACCCCAGCACCCCAAAGUCUCAAACAACAUAUCGAAGACGGGCAUGGGCAUCAUCAAAACGGUCAAGGGGAGCUGCUGGAGACAACAGGACAAGAGGGUUGCCAGCAGAUCCUCGAGUUCUGGCAAUCGGCAGGUUUCGACUGAUCGACUACCAAAGAGGUCCGUGGAUCUGCUGGAACUGGGUUUGGCCAAGCCCAGGAACUGUCACAGAAUAGUUGUCCUUGGGGCACCAAAAGUGGGUAAGACCAACAUCCUGCGGCGGUUCUUGGGCAAAGAAUUCGAAGAGAACUAUGAACCCACAACCGAAGACUUUCACAGGAAAUUGUUCCACAUAGGAGGAGAGGCAUACCAGAUUGAUCUCCUGGACCCCGCAAGUGAGAGGAACUUCCCUGCAAAGCGGAGGUUGUCCAUACUGACAGGUGACGCCUUUCUUCUCGUAUUCAGUUUGGAUGAUAGAGAGUCUUUCGAUGAAGUCUGUGAGAUGCUCGACGAGAUCAAAGCUGCUAAGACAAAGUUACUAAAACUCAAGCGUCCCGCGAGAGUUCCGGUCGUGAUCUGCGGGAAUAAAGCGGACCUGGAAGCGCCGAGAGCAGUGAGACGGUCAGAGGUGACAGAAGUCCUCGGUGAGGACGUCGCCUUCUACGAAACCUCGGCUAAAGACGGCACCGGACUGGAAGGUGCGUUCAAGGCCCUUGCCCGUCUAGACGGUCUGCCCGACGAGACCAGUCCGUCCCGGCAUCAGCUCGUAUCCAUUCUCACCUAUCAGUCCCUGUGCAUCAGUCAGCGGGGCAGGGGAGGGAGCCGGGCGCGGGGACUCGGUGCGCCCUGCGCCGCAGUGGACCCUCUGGCGCGCCGUCCGAGCUUCACCAGCGACCUGCGGCUGGUGCUGAGAUCAAGCACCAAACACAACAAACCCGAGAGGUGUCACAUUCAAUGA